CAAUGAAUUCUUGAUCCAUUCUUAGGUUCGCCAAUCGGUGCGAGAUGCUGAUUCUGUUUUUGCAUUCUAAAGAUGUCACUGGUUAUUCAUCAAUUUCCUGCGAGAAUAUGCACCGAGUUCAUGCUUCCCCCAGUUCUUUUUUUCGUGCGAUAAAGCAACAGGCUAGAUAGGAGCGUUACGUGUGCAUAAGAUGGAUAAAGCGUGAUCAACCACACGACUAUAGACUUUCCAGGGAUCCGAUGAUGGAGGAAAACAAAGAAAUACUCCACGAGGCCUUGAAAAGAGGGAGCGUUGAGGUCCUUGGAGAGAAUUUGCCGAACUAUCCUCUCCCGUUCAAGCUCAUCAAAACUGAUCAAUUCAGUUUGGGCGAAAUCGAAAAAAGAGGAAUAUGUUUGAAUGUCAUCCUACUCGGAUUGACAGGAACAGGGAAAUCGCGGUUGUUGGAGGUGAUUGGGAAUUAUGGAUUAGGAGUGGAUUAUUGGGAUCCUUAUCGAUUCCAGGUGAAGAAGGAUGAACAUACAGAGAAGAUCACGUCCUACACUUUUUCCACUAGGUAUGAAAAUCGAUUGCCUCUUCCCGUUACCAUCAUCGAUACCCCAGGCUUCCUAAAUGCGACAGCCGAGGAUGACCGAAAGCUGAUGGGAGACAUCCGCAAUUUCAUCCAUUCCAACCAGAUGCCUAUCCAUGCCGUGGCAUACGUCAUCCCUGCCUCUCAGGGGAGAUUGACAGCGGAGCAGAAGACAGUGCUGUGGAACAUGCCCAAAGCCUUGGGAGAAGACGAAGAGAGAAUCAAAAGGAUCUCGUAUUUGUUUUGCACGUUUGCGGACAGCAAACUCCUGCCUGUUCUAGAAUCGGUGAAAGAGGCGGGACUCAGAUACAAGACACAUUUCGCUGUUAACAGCGCUGCGUACUUCGUAGACGAGAAAGUGCUAUCCAUUGAGGAGAACAAGGAAAACAGAGAAAAAUCCAUCAACGAAUUGCUGUGGACGAUGACGACGGAGAGCGUUCGAGAAUUCUUGGAGGACAUUCAGUGCAAUUGGCCCUUUCAGGUUAAUCUGCCCAUUAAGGCCUUGAAACCCCAAACAGGGGAUACGAAGGAAUACAUGAACACAGCACCUGCACGUGCACCUACAGCAGGUGCAAAGCUAUCCAUAAGUAUAGGUAAAUUCUGA